AUGUACGGGGGCAUGUGCUCUGUCGAUUUGGCAAAUUGGGUCUGUUCUUGUAGAAGAUGGGAACUCACUGGUAUUCGAUGUAGCCAUGUUGUUGCUGCUAUUUGGCAUAAAAGAGAGGAUCCAGUGACAUAUGUCUCCAAAUGGUAUACCAAGGAAUACUACAUGAAGGCAUACUCUCAGCAAAUUUUUCCAAUUAGGAAUCAAGAUGGGUGGCCUAGAAGUGGCAAGGUUGGAAUGAUUAAGCCAAUUGGGAAGACUCAACCUGGUAGGCCUAAGAAAAGCAGAAGAGUUGAACUUGAUGCGUUGGCUCCACCAACAGCCAAGACAUUGAAACGAAGAUCUGUGAGAAUGAGAUGUUCUGGCUGUGGUGCAAUGGGCCACAACUUCAGAACUUGUGCUAGAAACAACCUCAAUUCGGGAAAAGACAACCCCCCAGCUGAUCCUGGUACUUAUGCUAGAAAUAGCAGUUAG